CGCCGUGGUCGCUUGACUUAUUUUGUCAAAAUGGCGUUGCUCGUAAGAGGAGACUCGAGUUAGUUCAUAUUAUCGGUGUUAAUUCACUUACCGGACAAAACACGCAGAGUUAGCCACGCAGUAUGGCGACCCUGGACCAGAAAUCACCCAAUGUGCUUCUCCAGAGUCUUUGCUGCAGGAUUACGGGGAAAAGCGAAGCUGAAGUUGCCCACCAGUUUCAGUAUGCAGUGCGAGUCAUCGGCAGUAACUACGCUCCCACCAUCGAGCGCGAUGAGUUCCUGGUGUCAGAGAAGAUCAAGAAGGAAUUGCUUAAGCAGAGGAGAGAAGCAGACGCCGCUCUGUUCUCGGAGCUCCACAGAAAACUUCAGACGCAGAGUGUGCUGAAGCAUCGCUGGUCCGUUCUCUACUUGCUGCUCAGCCUCUCUGAAGACCCCCGCAAGCCAUCCAGCAGAGUCGGAAACUAUGGGGCACUUUUUGCCCAAGCCCUCCCCAGGGACGCCCACUCCACCCCGUUCUACUGCACCCGGCCCCAGAGCCUGGCCCUGGGCUACGCCGAGAGGGGCGCGGCUCUGUCAGCCAGCGUGGGGACCAGCGGCAUCUCCAGCCUGGGAGUCUACACCCUGAACGGACCCACGCCGACGCCACAGUCACUGCUGGCCGGUCAGCCCCCUCAGUCCGCAGCAGGAGGCGGGCAGUCUUUGGGCUCUCGGCUGGCUUGGACUCUUCCGGUCAGCUGCUCUCCUUCCACUCUGGCCCUGCCCAACACUCGCCCGCUCGGGCCCCCAGUUCCCUCCCCCAGAGUGGUCCAUCCCCGAAAAGACGGGGAGGUGAGCGAGACGGCUCUGGUGCGGGACAUACUCUACGUCUUUCAGGGAAUCGACGGCAAGUUCAUCAAGAUGAGCGGCCCGGAUAACUGUUACAAAAUAGACAGCAAGGUGGUGCUGUGCAAGUCCCUGAGAGACACCAGCAGCAGACUGGCCGAGCUCGGCUGGCUCCACAACAAAGUCAGGAAGUACACCGACGCCAGGAGCCUCGACCGAGCCUUCGGACUGGUCGGACAGAGCUUCUGCGCCUCGCUCCACCAGGAGCUGAAGGAGUAUUACAGGCUGCUGUCGGUGCUCCACUCCCAGUUGCAGGUGGAGGAUGAUCAGGGUAUGAACGUGUGCGCAGAGGGUAGCCUGACCCUCAGGAGGCUUCUGGUCUGGAUGUACGACCCCAAAGUCCGGCUCAAAACGCUGGCGGCUCUCGUCGACUUCUGCCAAGGUCGUAAAGGAGGCGAGCUGGCUUCAGCGGUCCAUUCUUACGGGAAAACUGGGGACCCGCAGAUGAGAGCGCUCGUUCAUCACAUCCUCAGCCUGGUGUCGCACCCCAUCCUCAACUUCCUGUACAGGUGGAUCUAUGACGGAGAACUAGAGGAUACCUACCACGAGUUCUUCGUAGCAUCAGAUCCCAAUGUGAAGACGGAUCGCCUGUGGCAUGACAAGUACUCCCUCAGGAAGUCAAUGAUCCCCACAUUCAUCACCAUGGACCAGGCCCGCAAGGUUCUGCUGAUUGGUAAGUCCAUCAACUUCCUGCAUCAGGUCUGUCAUGACAGAACGCCGCCAGGCAAAAUCACGGCAGCGUCCAAGUCUGCAGAUACGCCCAAAGACGCUGCGGAGUUGCUGUCCGACCUUGAGGGGGCGUUCCAGGAGAAGAUCGACGCCGCCUACUUCGACACCAGCAAAUACCUGUUGGACGUCCUCAACCGCAACUACCUGCUGCUGGAGCACCUGCAGGCCAUGAGGAGAUACCUGCUGCUGGGCCAAGGAGACUUCAUCAGACACCUCAUGGACCUGCUGAAACCGGAGUUGGCACGCCCCGCCACCACUUUGUACCAGCACAACCUGACCGGUAUCUUGGAAACUGCGGUCAGAGCCACAAACGCCCAGUUUGACAACGCAGAGAUCCUCAAGAGGCUGGAUGUGCGCCUGCUAGAGGUGUCUCCUGGGGACACCGGCUGGGAUGUUUUCAGUCUGGACUACCACGUGGAUGGACCCAUUGCCACGGUGUUUACAAGGGAGUGUAUGGGCCACUACCUGCGGGUGUUUAAUUUCCUGUGGCGGGCCAAGAGGAUGGAGUACACACUGACUGACAUCUGGAAGGGACAGAUGUGUAAUGCCAAACUGCUCAAAACCAUGCCUGAGUUGUCCGGCGUUCUGCAUCAGUGUCACAUCCUGGCCUCCGAGAUGGUCCAUUUCAUCCACCAGAUGCAGUACUACAUCACCUUCGAGGUGCUGGAGUGCUCCUGGGACGAGCUGUGGAACAAAGUGCAGCAGGCCCAGGACCUCGACCACAUCAUCGCUGCGCACGACGUCUUCCUGGACACCAUCAUCUCCAGAUGUCUGCUAGACAGUAACAGCAGGUCUCUUUUGAACCAGCUGAGGGCCAUCUUCGACCAGAUCAUCGAGUUCCAGAGCGCCCAGGACUCCCUGUAUCGCUCGGCGCUGGAGGAGCUCUCUCUCCGGCUGCAGUACGAAGAGAAGAAGCGGCAAAGAGACGAGGAGGGUCAGUGGGCAGUGAACGAUGCACAGGAAGCAGAGGAGAAGAAGAGGAUUCAGGAGUUCCAGGAAACCAUACCAAAGAUGUGCUCCCAGCUCCGCAUCCUCACGCACUUCUACCAGAGCAUCGUCCAGCAGUUCUUGGUGUUGCUGAUGACCAGCUCCGACGAGAGCCUGCGUUUCCUCAGCUUCAGGCUGGACUUCAAUGAACACUACAGAGCGAGAGAGCCGAGGCUGCGAGCCUCGCUAGGCGCCAACCGCGGGCGACGACUGUCGAAUAUCUGACGCGGCGGCGACUGCAUCGACGGCUUCCGGUCAUUGGAGCACGGGGUAUGACAUCACCGAGACUGGCCAGCCAGCGCACUUCAUGUCCAGAUGAUGUCAUGCCUUGGAGGAGCGAUCCAAGCACCGUUUCGUAAAAACAGCGCUCCGGCGCCGAAGACGCGGCGGCUGCCAAGUGAUGACAUCACAGCGGGACGGCUCCGGCAAAAGUUGGCCGCGUGGGAUCACAAAGGAACACAGUUCAGUAAAAUCAAACUUUCAGAGCUACUUGUGACAUGCAGAGCAUCACCCUAAAUAGACUGCUUUAAAAUUCAGCAAGAAUUCAGCGAAACUCGAAGUCCAUCUGGGAAAUCAAAGUGGAGCCGAGUGCGAGGAGGUCGAUUUAAAAAAAAAAAGCUGCUGACUGUCAGAGUCACACAGGGCCACCUUACAUGGCAUGCCUUAUUAUUGAGAGAAAACAAAACCUUGUUUCUCAGCCUGGUUGCCAAAUCUAGUCCCAACACACAUAAUGUAUGUACAUAGAGUUUAUGCAAAAAUGUAUGUACGUGUAUAUACGCGUCUUUUCACGUCAGCACCUGUGGCUCUGGGGGUUGAACUGAUAUGGGAGGCCGAUAUUGAUAUAUCAUUCAAAUUUUUUGUAUUGGUGGCAGUCAGUAAAACGGUUCUAUCCGAUCAUUUUAGUGCACUUAUUCCACAGGAGACAGUGUUUCUGCUGGACGUGUUAUCAUUAAGGUGCAGUAUAAAAGCAUUUCCACGUCAAGGAGUGGAAAAAUUUAUAUUUUCCCAGGGUUUUUUUUUUUUUUUUUUUUUUUUAGUGUAACAGACCAGCUCUCCGAUCACAAUCAUUCAUAGGAUUUUCAGUGACGCACAUAUACACUUGUAGACAAUUCUGCUUCCAGUGACGUAAAGACCAGAAGACUCAUACAGGGAGAAAAAAAACAAAUCUGCUUCUUCUGCCUCUGGAAACUGACAUUUUUCAAUAAUUAUUUUAUAGCUGUUCUUCAUUACAUCGGUGGGAAGCAUCUUUCGCCACCUUGACUGACAACCGACUGAAUGUUAUUAAAAGUUGAGUUUUUGUUCAAGCGUGUUUUCCUUGCUCAGUUUACAGCCCGCGCUAUUCACGUCCGCGUGAGGCGGUCACAGACGAUCCUCUCGACAACCACGGCGACCUCACUCCUUCACACCGCAUCAACAACGGCCGCAUCAACAAUGUCCAGGGCGUUUCGGUCUCUUGGGGGAAAAAAAAAAAUGUAAAUAUUUCUGGAUGAAAAUCUGUGUUUAAAGAAUUUAAUGGUUGUACCUUUUGAAUGUGGGCAGUGUAUUUUCUGAAACGAGACGUUAUAAGGAAGAAAAGCAAACGUGGCGUUAAGCGGGGUUUGUUUCGCGCGCGUGUGACAUGAAGAUGGCUGACAGGGGUCCUCGUGGAAUUGGUUCAGUGUUGUAGCAGCGCUGCUGUUGAUCGGCUCCCUAAAUGAUAAUUCACCUCUCAGUCAUCGGAUCGGUCUGUUUAAGACGAUAGAAACCCGUCAAAUACAUGUGUUUUCAGCUGUAUGUUUACGAUCGCCACUCCAGUAUGAUUAGAUACUAGAAUCAGUCCUUUUUAUAUCCCACGCCUGAAUAGUGGGCUCAAAAGAUAAUCAUCAGUCCUAACUGCUGCAGUGGGACAUAACCUUUUACUGGAUUUCUCUUGUAGUGCACAGUCAGAGUUUUUUUUUUUUUGUGAGAUGGGGAAAGUCAAGUAGAUUUUUAAUCAUCAGGUUACACAACAAUUCUCAUCUGUAAACAGCUGUGAGCAUUGAUCUGGACAUGUAGAAGCUCUGAUCCUCAGAGAGUGCACAUUCCCUAAAAAGCAAAACAUUACAGAUACCACACGAGCAGCCUGCGUUCCGACCUGUUUAUCAGGCUUCCCCAAAGUCACAUUUAAUUAUACAAGAGCGCAUAAGUGAAGUCCACAUAAACAUGCUUGCAGUGAUAUAGUUAUUUUUUUUUCACUUCGUAUGGAAGCUGGACCAGUGAAGCGCUCUCCGACAACAACAUUGUUCAUGUGCAUAUGUGAAAAUAUAUGAAUUGGACUGAAGUGAAACACCAAAACUAACCAUCUGUUUGUAUUUGUCCUCCACAUUGUAUAGCACAUAAUGUAUAGAAUAUAGGGAAAGCGAUCCAUCCCGCGUCUUCUUUAAUAAAAAGGUUUUUUUUUUAUAUAAA